AUGUAUGUUAGUCAACGGAAACGCAGACGCGUCGACGCCGAUCCGAGUGACUUGGAUAUGGACCUUUCUAUGAACCAAGUACCAUCAUUGGUAGUAUCAGAAGAAGAGGUCUCAGAACACCAUCUCCGAACAGCUCUACGACAUCAAGAAUCGCAGAUCCGAAAUGAUCUGACAAACGUACCAGACAACCAGCAGCAGAAUCGGAAAAAUCGGCCAAGACUGAGCUUGCGACUCUCCGAUGUAUUCAAUUUAUCAAACCAUUUUGUUGCUGGCAACGAUUACGCUGCCACCCAUGAUGCCCGUGAAAUGAAUACUUACAUGAGCACCAUCGAUGUUCAGCACUAUGUUGACCUCUUCUUUGAUUAUGUCCACCCCCGUUGGCCAUUUCUGUAUCGAGAAGGCUUCAGGGCAGAAUCAGAGCAACCCAUUUUGGUUCUUGCCGUGGCUAUGUUUGGAAUGUGGAUUACAGAGGAGGCGCAGUUGAUGAAGCUUGCUUGGAUCAUACGUGCUCGAUUACGAGUUAUAUUCGAGACGCAGAUGGAAAAUUGGGCAGUGCACGAUACCGACAGCACGAGGACAAGUCGCUGGCCCAUAGUCACUUACCAGGCGAUUCUUCUCUUUAUAAUCUUCUCCAUGACAGCGCAUGAUGGCGCGAAUGAAUUUGAUCAUGACAACGACAAUGACGACGAAAACGAAACCGACAUACACCGUAUCCAUUCCAUCUUCACCCAUCUCGCGCGCACCUGCCGUGCCCAGGGCGUGCUACACUACCCAGCCAUGCUGGCGCAAAUCAGCAUCGACGACCCGAUAGUCUUCAAAUUCACCAACGUCGAAGAAUUCAAAUGUUUCGCACUGACGCUAUUCAAAGUCGACCACUUGCUAUCGCCGCUGAUUCUGCUCGACUCACAACGGCCAGGACAAGAGGAACAACAGCAAGAAAGAAAUAAUAAUAGACUAUCUAUCUCAGACCUCCAAUUCCCGCUCCCGGAUUCAGGCUACUUGCACGAAUCCCCUUCUAUCCGUGAGUUUCUGCGCAGACGCGAAAGACAGGCUCGCGAUCCUUCCGUUUCGUCGACUAGGAAGAGCGCGAUUGUGGCCGAUGAUAGGAAGGCGAUGAUGGAUCGCAAGAAGAAUCCGUGGAUAUGUGAUAUCUUGGGCUGUGCUCUUACCACGGCGGAAGUUGACAAUGUCGAGCAGCGAAAACAAAAGCAGAAGGCUUGGUUAAGGCUUGGCCCUUGGUUGGGAUAUAUAGGAGGUUUGGAUCCUGGGUUUGGAUCCGGUUUUACGUGA